ACCCCCCUGAAGAAGACUAAUGCUCUCAUUGCGCAGAUGGGAAUAACCUUCCUCAAUGCGUAUGUCCCCAGUGCACUUUGCUGUCCCAGUCGAGCCAGCAUUUUAACAGGAAAAUAUCCACAUAAUCAUCAUGUUGUCAAUAACACUCUGGAAGGAAACUGUAGCAGCAAGUUAUGGCAGAAGAUUCAAGAACCAUAUACCUUCCCGGCGCUGCUCAAAACUAUGUGUGGUUACCAAACGUUCUUUGCCGGCAAGUACUUGAAUGAGUAUGGAGCAGAGGAUGCAGGGGGAGUAGGUCAUGUUCCUCCUGGAUGGAGUUUUUGGUACGCAUUGGAGAAAAACUCAAAGUACUACAACUAUACUCUUUCAGUAAAUGGCAAAGCACGAAGGCACGGCGAGAACUACAGCGUAGAUUAUCUGACAGAUGUAUUGGCCAACAUGUCAUUGGACUUCUUGGAGUAUAAAUCUAAUUUCGAGCCUUUCUUCAUGAUGAUCUCAACCCCAGCACCGCACUCCCCUUGGACAGCUGCUCCACAGUAUACGAAGAGCUUUCAGAAUGUCAGUGCACCAAGAAACAGCAAUUUUAAUAUUCAUGGAAAGAACAAGCACUGGUUAAUUCGACAAGCAAAGACCCCAAUGACUAACUCUUCAAUACAGUUUCUUGAUGAUGCUUACAGAAAGCGGUGGCAAACUCUGCUGUCAGUAGAUGACCUGAUAGAGAAACUAGUGAAGAAACUGGAACUGAAUGGAGAGUUAGACAACACGUACAUCUUCUACACAUCAGACAAUGGCUUCCACACUGGCCAGUUUUCCUUGCCAAUAGACAAACGGCAGCUGUACGAGUUUGAUAUCAAAGUUCCGUUGCUAGUUCGAGGACCAGGGAUAAAACCAAACCAGACAAACAAGAUGCUUGUUGCAAAUAUUGAUUUGGGUCCCACUAUCCUGGAUAUUGCGGGGUAUGACUUGAAUAAGACCCAGAUGGACGGGAUGUCACUAUUGCCACUGCUGAGAGGAGACAAAAAUGUGACGUGGAGAUCAGACUUCUUGGUGGAGUACCAAGGAGAAGGAUACAACGGCAGUGAUCCUACCUGUCCUGGCCUAGGACCUGGAGUCACACACUGCUUCCCAGACUGUGUCUGCGAAGAUUCCUAUAACAACACGUACGCUUGCGUAAGGACACUCUCAACUACCUGGGAUCUGCAGUACUGUGAAUUUGAUGACCGGGAGGUGUUUGUGGAAGUGUAUAACUUGACUGCAGACCCACACCAGAUCGAUAACAUUGCUAAAACAAUUGAUCAAGAAAUUUUAGAAAAGAUGAACUAUCGAUUAAUGAUGCUGCAAUCCUGCUCAGGAGCAACUUGUCGUACACCAGGUGUCUUCGAUCCAGGGUACAGGUUCGACCCACGGCUCAUGUUCAGUAAUCACGGUGUUCGGGCUCGGAGGUUUUCUGCACAGACCUUAUAAGGCACUUAAGAGCCUCUUGCAAUGAGCUCCCACUGACCGGUUUCUCCAGUGACUGCAGCGGGUCUGUCUCUGUAACUCUCGUUGAUCACAGCUGGAAGACUUUUCAUGGGCUCUUCAGACUCUGUUUGGAAGAAAACCCCUUGUCUUUAGCUGGUUGCCUUGUGCAAUAUGUAUAUUUUACAGCUGAACUGUAACUCUGAAUCAUUAGACACAGCUAAUCUGUCUUGCUCAGAUAGUUGAUUACCACCUUUAUCCUUCAAGUACCUUUUCAUAUCACAGGCACAGAGGUGAUCCUUUGCCUAUGAAUCUGAAGUUUAUUUUGUUCUAAAAAAAUCAAUGAAUGCGUAUUUGAUUUGGGUUAGGUAGGCAGGUGCUGUUGCACAGUAAUGCUCACCCAUAUUCAGUGUCAUAGACUUUCUGAAAAGCUAUGUCUAAUUACAGGUUUCCUGUUUUGAGCUCAAAGCUGUUAAUGACAGUAGAGAACUAGCCCAAA